AUGAAGGUCACUUCGCCUCUCGACGAAGGUCAACAAAACUUCAGAGAUGGAGCACUAACAUAUGGAAGAUCGAAAGAAGCGCUUCUCCCCGUGCUAAAUGUGGAUAAAAUUGAUAAUGGGUUCUACCCGCACAAACUUCUUACAUCUUUAUUCUGUAUUUAUUAUGGAUCCUGUCCGAUCAAGGAUUUAAAAGAUACAGAUACCCCAGUCGGACGCAUGUAUGCAAAACGGAAGAUGGGCAGAGUCAAACUGUCCAAGGACAUAAAAAUGAGAGUUAGAGGAACAGAAUAUGCAACAGAUAAAGGCUGGAAUGUCGGUCAUUUGUGGGACUUCAAGUAUGGCGGAACCAAUUGGAAUAUCGACAACUUCAUAGUGCAAAACGCAGUUGUGAACAGUGUGGAUGGACAGAGAAGCGCCACGCCUAACAGAUUUGAGCAACAGCUGAAGUCCGAGCACCACGAUUCGGUCUACGAAAAAGUAAUUAUUUGCCUCAAUCCAAAAAUCGAAGGCGAAUCGAUCCAACCGGCAUCAUUUCUGCGGUUAGAACGCUUCGUCCCUGCUCUGCCAUUGAACGACGAGACAGAAGCAGAGUGGAUGGUCAUCAGGAUUUACAAUCCGGAGCCAGAAGAAAUGAAAAUUUUCAAGGAGCUUCAUCCAAGCAGAAAGCCCGCUGAAUGUUAUGUAUACGAUUUUGGGGCAAAGAAUGGGGACGAAGCCCAGCUUCUCACGGAAUUAGCCAAACUUCUUGAUCACGAUAAAAAGCCUGAGGGAAACAACUCGAUCAAACAACUUGAAGGGAACGAAUAUCACAAGGAAUUAGAAAACCUCAUCAUGGACAUCAUCAAGGAACUUCAUACACCAGAUGAGCUUUGCCAAAGCUUUAAAUUGCCCGACGGUAUGAAGAAGUCGGAAGGAGAGGCCGUACUCAAAGCGCUCUUGCAAGCUGAUGAGCCACCUGCCGUUCUCUAUCUCUACACUUCAAACUUGAAAUGCUUCACGGCUGAUCCAGAGCGAGAGAUCAAGAUCAAGAAAAUUUUCGCAGGAAAGGCUCCCGAUUAUGCCAACAAAAAAAUUAAAGACGCGAUAGACGAACUCCAAAAAUGGAAAUCGAUUGCUUCAAUCGCCCAGAGAGAUGACAGCGGUAUCGGUACAGCAGAAAACACGACAAAUGCGGAGAAUGAAGCAUCGCCCCCAUUAGACGAUAAAACACCGAAAGUGAUCUCGCGGGAUUUUGAUGUUGACGAAGACGAAGCGUUGAUGUUCACGAACCAAGCUGAUGAUGAAAGAGAUCAAGUUUUCCCUUGCUUGGGAAGGGCGACAUCCUCUCCACAGCUGAACGAAUCUACAUCUUCGGAUGCAUUUUUGCAUGUUUCUAUGCCCGAAGUAGAUGAGUCAGAUGCCGUCGACGAUCUUGGCCACUCCGAAAUUGCAACAACGAAUUCGAACGGGAUAAACAAA